UCUGAAACAAAAACAAAAACAAAAAGAAAUUUAUACAUACAUACAUACAUACAUACAUAUGUGUAUAAAUGUAUCGCGUCGCUGCUUACAAAAUCAACGCUAAACUCUAACAACAACAAAAACAAACUUUGCAGCACCUACACUCACACACACACACACACAAACACAGCCACAAUGACCAGAGAUAGGCUGCCAGACCUUUUACAGCGCUCGCUGAGCGCCAACUCAACGUCUUCAUCAUCGAACGGCUCGCUUUUGCUUAGCGCUUACAACGCCACCACCGAGUCCUUAACCAACAGCAACAGCAACUACAACAGCGGCAGCAGCAGCGGCGUAGACAACAAUAAAGAUCGCAGCAAAAUGUCGGGCACAGAUGUGGAGGCUAUUCUAAAUCCAUAUUCGGAAAUACGGUAUCAACUGUCGCAAAUCGUGACCAAUCUGGAGGCCAUGGAACGCAUGUCCCAGACGAUUCACUUGCGCACCUUCAGCGAGAACGAAAUGGAUGAGCUGCACAACAAGAAUCUGCGAUUGGGCAAUCACCUGAUGAGCCGAUUCAGAGAAUUCAAAACGAAUCUGCCGUCCGAGACGGACUAUUGUCUGGAGGCGCGCAUGAAGCGCACCCUGUUCUAUGGCCUCUACCAGACGUUCAUCAAUCUGUGGCAGAAGAACGAAGAGUUCCUGCAGAACUAUGAGCUGAAGGUCAAGAAGAAUCUGCGCAUGCAUUCCAAGAUCAUCAAUUCGGAGGCCACAGAUCAGGAGAUUGAGCUGCUGAUCGAGAACAAGACAACGAAGCUCUUUGUGGACAAUAUACUGCAAGAGACAGAUAAGGAGCGGCAGACGCUGCGCGAUCUGAUGGAUCGGUUCAAUGAGCUGCGAAAGCUGGAGAAAUCCAUUGAGGAUGUCCAUGCGCUCUUCAUGCGCAUCCAAACGCUCGUCAUGGAGCAGAGCGAGACUAUACAGCGGGUGGAGUUCCAUGCGAAUCAAGCGACCCUUUACACUGAGAAGGGCGGCACUGAGCUCGACAAGGCCAACGAGUACCGGGAGAAGGCGCGCAAGAAAAAAAUAAUGCUCAUUGCCAUACUCGUUGCAGUUGUGUUAGUUUUAAUAUUUAUCGGUAUUUAUUUGUGAUGCAAACAAGCGCAA